UUAGAGAUUGACAUCACUGAAUAAUGAUGUUCGCUGAUAUUAAUGGUGAUGUGGUUAAAGCAAAUUUGUAUUGGGUUUUGCAAAUAUAUUUUAUUUAAAUUGCAUUAAUAUUGUUUAAAUUAUAAGAAGUGGGAAGAAAAAUUAUUUUCAUAAUAUGAACUACAAUCCAAAUGCUGGUGUAAGGAAUCUUCCUGGGUCAGGGCGUAAAUUGAAGCGGGUAAGUGAUGUUAAUGCUGUUGGCCCGACAGCUCCCUCGCCUGAAGCCACGCCUUAUUUGCAAUCAACGACAGGUCCCACUAUUUUGGAUCCCAGUGUAUCAGUUUAUACCGCCGCAGAAGCAAAUAUAACAGGGAAUUUUAAUAACGGUAUGCAUAUGCCCAAUCCGAACUAUAAUUACGCUGCGGCAUCAGCGACACUGCCGCCUCAAAUGCCACAAUAUCCAGCUACGAGUCCAGGAGGCUUCCCAGAGGAAUCACAAUUCACUCCAAUAUCCGGAUUGCAAGGGAUAAGCGGUCAAUUUCCGCAGUUAAGCAUGCUGCAAGAGCCGGUCGUACAAGAUAUGGCUAUGCAAUAUGGACAGCGUUUGGCCGACCAGGGCAAACAGCUGGUCGAAAAUCAGUUUAGCAAAUGGGUACCUGUGGCCAAAUUAAAGUAUUACUUUGCUGUCGACAAUAAUUAUGUCAUACAUAAAUUAAGUUUACUCUUCUUUCCAUUUACCCACAAGGACUGGUCGCUAAAAUAUGAUCAAGAAAAUCCGGUACAACCCAGGUACGAUAUAAAUGCACCCGAUUUAUAUAUACCCACAAUGGCAUUUAUAACGUACGUCGUCGUGGCUGGUCUUAUGUUGGGUCUACAAAACCGUUUCUCCCCUGAAAAAUUAAGUAUACAAGCUUCCAGUGCUUUGGCUUAUUGUAUAUUCGAAUUAGUGGUUUACUGCAUUACUUUAUAUGUCGUGAAUAUUAAAACAAGUCUAAAAACUUUAGAUUUAUUAGCUUUUGCCGGAUACAAAUUUGUAACUAUAGUGGCCUGCCUGUUAACAAGCACAAUACUUCACGGUCUUGGGUAUUAUAUCGCUCUCACUUAUUGCAGUUUAACAUUAGGAUUCUUUUUGUUACGCACAUUAAAAACAAAAGUACUACAUGAAUCUGCACCCACAAAUCCCACAGGGGCCAUCAAUUAUGAUCCUUAUGGUAAUCCUCAACAAUUGGACUAUACCGGAGGACGUAAACGGAAAUUAUAUUUUUUAUUUUUAGUCGUGGGGGGUCAAGCAUUUCUAUCAUUUUUGCUCUCAAAACAUUUGUAUUUUUCGGAAACGGACACUUUCGAAAUUAAAAAUGUACCAUUCUGAAUUUGUUAAUUACGGAUUAAAUUAUCCUUCUUUUUACAUCAUACGCAUCAUACGUUUAACAUCUUACGAAUGUAUAUAAAUUCUGAUUCAUAAUAUUUU